GGUUUUAGUUUUCAGUUCUUAGACACACGCGCGGAUACAAGGCUCAAAGACAAACGGAGAAAGGAAGAUAGAAAUCAAUGGAAACAAAAAAACUAACAGCGGAAUCAACUCUCAUAUGCCAAGAAGGAAUAGGCUUAAUCCUCUCGCGAUGGUGGGCUCUCACCGCCGCCGUCGAAAACGAGUGGGGCGGCCGUGACUCCCGGGGCAAAGCCAACAUUCUCUACUCCGACGUCAUCUCCUUCUUCACCGAUACCAAAAGAGCUGAGCCGCUUUAUAUAGAUGAUUUAGAGAAUAUUCUCCAUGAAGGCUUGCUUAGUCUUAAUACAGAUGUUGAUGAUGGCAGCAUUGAGGAGGUGGCAGAGAAGUUAAUGAUUAUGCAUGAAGAAUGUUUGGAAGGUAAUUAUCAGUCUGUUGAAAAACUGAGGACAACUAAUCCUCCGCCAGUUGCUCAUGUCAGACCGUCUACUGAGGAAGAUGAGGAUGAUGACAAUGAAGAAGGCGAUAGCAUGGAUGCUGAAACAAACAUGAUGGUCGAUGUUCCAAACUCUCAUUCAAGUUUGAAUCCAGUCAGUAUGCCAACUGAUGAGCCAAGGCCAAACCAGGCAGCUGAAGCAGCAGACGGUUGGGUGGUAGUCUCUUCCAGAAGAAACAAGGGAAGAAGGAAUUAGGCUGUAUCUUCAAGUACCCCCCUGUUUGGUGGUAUAUAUAAAUGUUUUUCAAGACAUUUUUGGUGUGCUAAUUAUUAGUUUUUGUAAUUCAUUUUUAAUAUCAUAUUGAAAGAAGGUUACCGAUGCCUUAUUACCAGUUCAAGUGGAUAUGAUUUUUUGGAUUGGAUUUUGUUUUCACCCCAAUUUGAGAACUUAUUAAGUCUCAAA